AUGUUUUCUUGCAACAGCAGCACUUCCGGUCACUCUGUCUUCCUCCUCACUGGCUUUCCAGGCCUAGAGGCCUCUCAGCAUUGGGUCUCCAUCCCCAUCAACCUCAUCUGCGUUGUUUCCAUCGUGGGCAACAGCAUCAUCCUCUUCGUGAUUCGCACAGAUCCGGUCCUACAUGAACCCAUGUAUAUUUUCCUGUCCAUGUUGGCUGCUUCUGAUCUGGGGCUCUGUGUGUCCACCUUCCCCACCAUGGUGCAGCUCUUCUGGUUGGGAACGCGUGAGCUGCCUUUUGAUCUUUGUGCAGCACAGAUGUUUUUCAUCCAUGCUUUCACCUAUGUGGAGUCUGGUGUGCUGCUGGCCAUGGCCUUUGAUCGUUUUAUUGCCAUCCGGGACCCUUUACAUUAUGCUACAAUCCUUCCCCACUCAGCUGUGGCAAAAGUGGGGGCUGCCAUUUUGGUUAGAGCUGUCCUGCUCAACCUGCCAGGACCCAUCCUUCUGCGGAAUCUGCUUUUUCCUCAAAUCAGUGAGCUCUCUCAUUGCUACUGCCUGCAUUGUGACCUUGUGCAACUGGCCUGCUCAGACAUCCAGAUCAACAGCUUGGUUGGCCUGGUGUCCAUCCUCUUCUCCCUGGGCCUUGACUCCUCUCUCAUCAUACUCUCAUAUGCCCUGAUCCUGCGGACAGUGCUGGGCAUUGCAUCACCUGGGGAACGGCUCAAGGCACUCAACACGUGUGUCUCACACCUCUGCAUUGUGCUCAUCUUUUAUUUGCCCAAACUUGGGCUAUCUGUGUUGCACCGAGUGGAGAAGCACAACUACCCUGCUCUGGCAGUGCUUAUGGCCAACCUGCACUUCUUGGUCCCACCCCUCAUGAACCCCCUUGUGUACUGCAUCAAAUCUAAGCAGAUCCGUCAGGGCUUCCUAAAGCGCUUCCAGCAGAAGAGGGUUGAUGUUUCCUAG